AUGCUUUCCUUGUUUUUAACUCGCUUUUCGUCAGCAAUCGAAGCUUAUAAAACCGGUCCAUACACAUUUAACAUCUAUGAUCAAGUUGAUUCUGGAAAUAAAUCUAUGAUCAAGCAGGUUUAUACAAAAAUUGCACACGUGGAUAUCGAUGCCGCCAGCCAGGACAAAGUCAAAGAUAUAUCUGAUCUUAAAGAUGAACUUGAUUAUAAGAUAACAACAAUAAACGAUGAAAACAAGCAAUAUACAAUUGUUAGGCAAACUUUAACAAAUAUUGGAAAAGAAGGAAAAAGAUAUGACUUAUGCACUGUUCUCGUUUUUGCAGGCGCGCCAGAUAUUUCAUUUUACUCUCAGGUACCCAAUUUUGGCGCUUACUUUUAUCUUGGUGAUUUCGACUCUUAUGUUUGGGUUCAGCAAAAUCACCCAUCAGUUACAAAUGGUAAAUUGAGAGGUAUUGGUGGUGAUGAAAAUGUGAGAUUCUUUACACAUUCAAGUUCAAGAGAUGCAUUUCCACUUUACUGGAUAUCCGAAUCUUGGACCAAUAACUAUCUCGAGCCUGGCCAAUCUGUUACAAUUUCAUUCAUGAUUCAUAAGAAUGAUUAUGAGCCACCACUUUUGAACCUUGAAAAGGACUUCAUAAAGGAUGAUUAUGAACCAACCGAGAAAAUCCAUAUUAAAGGCUCAUUCAGCUAUUAUUAUUUGAAUACCUAUAUUUCUGCCAACUACAACCUUGUGAAUAAGGUGUCAGGAAUGUCAGUUAGCAAUGGUGUAUUGAAGGAUUUCACAACAUACUUUGAUAAGAUGGCAGAUUCAUUUGAUAUUGAAAUUGGUCCGUUUGCAAUAGGUGCUUAUGCGCUUAUUGUUUAUACACGUCAGGGUACUAACACUCUUGAGCAGCAUAUUGAUAUUACUAUUUCACCACCAAAUGCCAAACCUAAAGUUACAAUUUUCUGGCCUGAAUACAAGUAUGACAUACCAGAAACAGAGAUUACAAUACAAGGAUACGUUUCAGAUCCAGAUGCACGUGAUAAAACAAUUGCCACCGCAAUCUAUUUCAAUGGCAAAGUUAUUUACUCCGCAAAUGUAACUAACACUGAUGAAAUCAAGACAUUCAAGUUCACUAUCCCUAAGGAUACACCAGUAGGCGAAUACGAUAUCAGGUUUACAGCUAAUGAUGGCAAAUUAACCACAGAAAGGAAGCAAACAAUCAUUAUUAGAGACAACACAGUUCUUAGUAUUGAUGUCGAGCCAAAGUUCGAAGAAACAUACAAGAAAGGAGAUAAGCUCAACUUCACUGCCGUUGUAAAUGAUCCAGAUACUGAUUUUGAGUCAAAGUUUGUUAUUUUCGUCUACUACAAAGACACUCUUAAGCUUUCUCUUGAGAAAGAUAACAAAGAUGGCAUGGUUAGAGUUCCUUUGCAAUUCUCUAUCCCAAGUGAUGAAACUGAAAAGGUUGUUACACUCAAAGUCAAAGUAACAUCAACAACAGAAAAGGCAGAAAAAUGA